UUAUCAGAUACCACUUCAUCCAUUUAUAAAGAUGUUGAUAAUUCAUCAUUAUUUUAUAAUUCCAGGUGCUGCACUUAAAUAUGAUCAGUCCAAGGUUUACUCAUAUUCAUACCAGACUGAUAUCCUUCUCAAUGAAGUCAACAGCAAAAAAUCAACGAGGACACAAGAGGACGUAGGUGUGCAGUUGUCAAUUGACUUUGACCUGUCCACUGUAUAUAAGGAUGAUACGUCCCAAAUAUUCAAGCUUUUG